GACCGUGAGCGAAUGAUGCUUCGUUGAAAAGACCUCCAAGUCCGUCCUGUUAUUUUUUUGGUCCUCAUAUAUGGGAAGCCGCUGGUGUUUUACUGAAGUACACCGUGUGAACCAGAGGCUGAAGCCAUCAGACACAUCGUGACUUCCUUGCAUCAGCUGUUGGGUGGACAUCGAGUAUUUUUUUCUGCCAGCAGCCAUGACAGAGUUCUGGUUGAUCUCUGCUCCGGGGGAGAAGACCUGCCAGCAGACCUGGGACAAGCUGAUGGUGGCCACGACCCGCACCAACAACCUGUCCACCAACACAAAGUUCAACAUCCCCGACCUCAAGGUCGGGACGUUGGACGUGUUGGUGGGUCUGUCGGAUGAGCUCGCUAAGCUAUCCACCUUYGUGGAAAGUGUGGUGAGGAAGGUCGCUCAGUACAUGGCGGAUGUUCUUGAGGACAGCAGGGACAAAGUGCAGGAGAAUCUUCUGGCCAAUGGAGUUGACUUGGUCACCUAUAUCACCAGAUUUCAGUGGGACAUGGCUAAAUAUCCAAUCAAACAGUCACUGAAAAACAUCGCCGACAUCAUCUCCAAGCAAGUGACUCAGAUAGACAACGACCUGAAGGCCAGAGCAUCAGCCUACAACAAUCUGAAGGGAAACUUGCAGAAUCUGGAGAGGAAGAAUGCGGGGAGUUUGUUGACCAGGAGUCUUGCUGACAUUGUGAAGAAAGAGGACUUUGUUUUGGACUCUGAGUACCUGAUUACAAUGCUGGUGGUCGUCCCAAAGACGAGCUACGCUGACUGGCAGAAGACGUACGAAACACUUGCGGAGAUGGUUGUGCCACGUUCCACUAAGCUGCUGUUUGAAGACAACGACAGCGGGCUGUACAGCGUCACGCUCUUCAGGAAGGCUGUGGACGACUUCAAACACAAGGCCAGAGAAAACAAGUUUACGGUGCGGGACUUUCAGUACAACGAGGAGGAGAUGAAGGCGGACAAAGAGGAGAUGACACGUUUGUCCACGGACAAGAAGAAACAGUUUGGUCCUUUGGUCCGAUGGCUGAAGGUGAAUUUCAGCGAGGCCUUCAUCGCAUGGAUUCACAUAAAAGCUCUGCGUGUGUUUGUUGAGUCAGUGUUAAGAUACGGACUGCCUGUCAACAUCCAGGCCAUGCUGCUUCAGCCCAACAAGAAGAACAUGAAGAAACUGAGAGAGGUGCUGUACGAUCUGUACAAGCAUCUGGACAGCAGUGCUGCAAUCAUUGACGCUUCCAUGGAUAUCCCAGGGCUGAACUUGAGCCAGCAGGAAUACUACCCAUACGUUUACUAUAAGAUCGACUUAAAUUUGCUGGAUUUCAAAGUCUAAACCACUUGGCCAUCAUCGUCGUCAUCAUCAUCAUCAUCAUCAUCAUCAUCAUCAUCAUGUGCUGUAGUGGUCUAAUGUUCACAUUCACAAGCUUUAAUUUAUUUCUUAUUCUGUUUUGUUUUGUUUUUCACCUUUUGUGUUUUUAUCGUUAUUUUUCUUGUACAUUUUAGACCCAAUUGUUUUUUUAUAGGAGUGCUGAUUGGUAGCUCUUGAUAGGAUWUAAAAAAAUUAAUAAAUCUUUUGGAAAAACUCUCCAAUUAGUUCUAACAAAGCAAACUUGAAUAUUGUAUUUUUUUUUUCAGUUUAUUCCACACCAGAGGUUGUGACAUUCCUUCAUGUUAAAGGAGAUGUAAACUAUUGUCUUUUUACUGUCGCCCCUCCCAUUCUACUCUAAAGAAAUUAACAUUAUAUAUGAUAUGAGAGGAAUUGGAGAGAAAACAAUGUAUAUUAAACUCUAUUUAUUCCACGCUUCAAAAAAUCUGUGAACAUGUUUCUGUUUGUYCAGGUUUUGAAAGUGAUUUUAAUUCCAAGUAAGAAACGCCUGUUUACAAGUAGAUGUCUUUUCCUUUUUAUGAUGUGAUCUUGUGAAAUGGUCAAAUUAAAAAAAGGAGUGAUGUUUGCUGUAAGCUCCUUGGAUAUCUAAAUAUUUAGCACGUGAUAAAAACAACGUCAUUGUAAUUUGUGCUAAUACUGUAUUGUAUUUAUAAGAAAUUCAAUCAACUAUUUAAAGUUUAUGUGAAAAUAAAUAUAUGUGAAAUAUG